AGAGGGGAGAUUUGCGCAGAGGUGUGACAGCGACAGAAAGCAGAAGGCACUGACGGACACACACACAGAGGGACUGAACCAGAGGACUGAACACAGCGGCUCAUUCCAGCACAUUCCUGCAGACUCCGGAGCACAGCGCAGCGAUCAUGGCCAGCAGUUCCGAUGUGGAGCCCCUCCUGUCCAACGCCUCCGUCCUCGGCCUGCCCCACUCCUCGGCCCCGCCCGCGCCCCGCCCCCUCCCCCUCUCCCACCAGAUCGGGAUUGCCAUCCUAUCCCUGGCACUGCUGCUGGGUUUCCCGGGUAACCUGUUUGUGGUGUGGACGGUGCUGUGCCGGGUGACGCGGCGCUCCGUCACCUGCUUGCUGGUGCUCAACCUGGCAGUGGCCGACGCCCUAGUGCUGCUCAGCGCUCCGCUCUUCCUGCGCUUCCUGGCGGGGGGGCGGGGCUGGGAGUUCGGAGCCGCGCUGUGUAAGACGGUGCACUAUCUGUGCUGCGUCAACAUGUACGCCUCCAUCUACCUGAUCUGCCUGAUGAGCGUAGACCGCUGGCUGGCGGUGUCACGGCCUUUCCUGUCCCAGAGACUGCGCACCAAACACGCCCUGUGGGGCGUUCUGCUCACCCUGUGGAGCCUCGCCUUCCUGCUGGCCCUUCCGAUGCCCUUCUACCGCAGUAACCUGCAGCCGUACCUGGCUAAGAACAUUUCAGUGUACGUGUGCAUGCCGUAUCACUGGAACAGCGUGAGACACCAGGUGUUUCAGUACCUGAUGGAGACGCUGCUCGGCUUCCUGCUGCCCUUCCUCCUCAUCAUCAUCUGCUACUCCUCCAUUGUCUGCCGGCUGCGCAGUGCCAUGUUCCAGCGCAAGGGCCAGGGAAGCCGUCUCAUCCUGCUCAUCAUCGGAGCCUUCGCCCUCUUCUGGCUGCCCUACCACCUCAUCAACAUCCUACAGGUAAUGGGGCUGCUGUGGGAGGAUUUGUCCUCCCUGAAGGACGCGGCCGUCUUGGCCCGGCCCAACGUGACGGCCUUCGCCUUCUUCAGCAGCAGCGUGAACCCCAUCCUGUACGUGUUUGCGGGCAGCUCCCACAUCCGGCAAGCGGGCCUGGGCUUCAUGGCCAAGUUAUUUGAGGGAACCAACUCGGAGUCGGGCAGCUGCAGGAGCGCGCGAAGCAGUCGAAGUGCCUCCACCACCGAAACCUCCACCCUGCACAAGCUGUCCCUGCGGCUGGGUCUGCGCUCCGCCCGUGACGACGCCGACGCCCACAGCCAGUGGCCCGCCCAGGGGGCGGAGCUCAAGACGCUCACCACGGCACCCUUAGCCUGA